AUGGGCAGCACCGGAACUUCUCAGCGCACCCGCGUGACGAUCAAUUGUGAUAUGGGAGAAGCCUACGGAUCGUGGAAGAUGGGCCCUGAUGAAGAGCUUAUGCCCCUCAUAGAUCUCGCCAAUGUCGCUUGUGGCUUUCACGGUGGUGACCCUGUUGUCAUGCGUAAGACUGUGCAGCUCGCGAAGAAGCACAGUGUGCCAGUUGGUGCGCAUCCGUCACUCCCUGACCGCGAAGGAUUCGGUAGGCGCCAUAUCGAUCUUUCGCCAGAUGACCUGUUCGCGCAACUCGUCUAUCAAAUUGGAGCACUCGAAGGAAUGUUACGAUCAGAGAACAUGAAACUAAACCACAUCAAGACACAUGGUUACCUGUGGCGAUACUGUGAAGCGAGCGAAGCUCAUUGCAAAGCCGUGAUGAGGGCUAUUCAGGUGUUUGAUGUUCCAAUGUUGGUUAUUGCUGGGACCCGCAUGGAGAAGAUGGCAGCAGAAAUGGGCAUUCCUUACAUUCCAGAGUUUUACCCAGACAUCUACUACAACGAAGAAGGGAAGCUGAUGUCAAUUCUACGAGACGGUCGGGUCAACCUUGAGGAUGUUCAGCCGAAGGUGGAGCGGAUCAUUGUACACGAUGAGGUGGUUGCAAAGACUACCGGGAAGCCUGUCAAGAUGAACUUUGCAGGUCGAGAUUUUAGCUGCUGCAUUCAUAGUGAUCUCCCUCGUCAGUUCGAUCUUCUGCCUUACCGGACAUAUUACUAA